UGUGGUUGGUGUGCAUGUGUAUAUAUAUGUUGAUCUACUUUAAAUAACAUCAUUCGGAUAUCCAGAUCCUCAGAAGGAAAGUGAACAAGCAGCCGGCAUAUUCCACCAUGGGUGAUACAGAGAAAGAUUUGUUGAAAGUGAAUCUCGAUCAGCUUCAAUGUCACUUCACGUGGACUCCACAGAAAGAAAACAUCGACUUGGAUGAUAUGAAACAAAGAUUAGAAGAUUCAAUACAACUUGACGUGAAAUAUCAAGCCAGGUCUUACAACCAUCUUGCCUUUAUAAACUGUCUGCAAGGAAACUGUGAAGAGGCAAUUCAGAAUUUAAAGGAAGCUGAAAGGAUUCUGAGGGAGAGACAUGGAGAUGAUUUUGAGAAAAGGAUCUUGGUCACCUAUGGAAACUAUGUCUGGGUUUAUUAUCACAUGGACCGACUGGAGGAGGCUCAGUCCUACCUCGACAAGCUGGAGACAGUCUGUAAACUAUUUCCUGAAGCCUCUCGGUUUACAGCAAUGAUACCUGAGCUUUACGGGGAGAAGGGCUGGUCACUGUUGACUACAGCUGCUCAAUAUUAUGAAGAGGCAAAGGAAUGUUUUACAAAGGCCCUGGAGGAAGAUCCUGACAACAUUGAGUGGAAUGUUGGCUAUGCCACUGCACUGUCCCGUCUGGAAUGGUUUUCUGUUAUCCCAGAGAGUCAUGAACCCACUGAAUCAAUGAAACAGUUUAGACGUGUGCUGGAGCUAGAUCCUGAUCAUGCUGAAUCCAUGGUGCAGUUAGCUUUAAAACUACAGGAAUUCAAUCAAAAGGAGGAAGCAUCCACAUUAGUUGAGCGAGCGUUGCAGAGGUCCCCUGGUCAUCCAUAUGUGCUUCGAUACGCAGCAAAGUUUUACAGGAAACAAGGAGAUGUAGAAAAUGCUGUCAAGCUGUUAGAGAAAGCAUUAAAAAUUACACCAAACUCAUCAUUUUUAUACCAUCAAAUAGGUCAGUGCCAGCAAAUUAAAUUAUUUGCACUGCUGAAAGGUCCAGGCAGCAAACUUCAAGAGAAAGAAGCAUUGAUUAAACAAUGUAAGCAGUAUUUUGGGAAGGCAGUUGAACUGAAGCCAUCCUUUAUAUCUGCAAAAUUGGCUUUUGCAGCUAUCUGCUCAAUAAAUAAAGAAUAUUGUGAAGCUAAGGAGAUCUACAGUAAUCUACUGAAAUUGCAAUCAAUUUGUCCAGAAGAUAAGCAAGAAAUAUAUUAUAAGGCUGGGCUAUUUGAACUUCAUUCUAAAGAAGAAUCAAAAGCUAUCACACUUUUGCUAGAAGGAUUUUCAAUCAAAUGUAACUCAUAUCUACAAAAAUGCUUUCAGACCAACUUGGAGAAGAUCGCAAAGAGACGACUUCAAAAUAACCCAGGUGAUCUUAAGGCUUUGUGUAUUCUUGGGGUCAUGUAUCUGCUGGAUGGGGAAGUGUCUGGAAUUCGUCAACACUUUGCGAAGAUCAAACUCCAAGAACUUUUCAAUGAAGAACAGUGAUCUGCUCUCCUUGUAUCACAUCUUUCUACUGGCAUCAACAAGGACUUGCCAAGCAAACACAUUUGAAAGAUGGGUGAUUUGCUUUGAUUUAUUACUGUCACAUACCUAGGUACAGUGAAAAGUUUUGUUUUGUGUGCAAUACAGGCAGAUCGUAAUAUACAAAGAUCACAGGGUGAUUCAACAGAGCAAGGAAUAUAAAGUUAUGGCUGUAAAAAGGUGCAUAGACAGCAAGUUAAGAGAACAUUGUGAGUAAUUUUUACGGAUUUAAAAUUGAGUUUUAAAAGUGCAGAAUAAUUUUAAGAAAUGUGAGAGUAAGAUCUGCUGUAGAGAGCUCGCAAAGAGUUACCCUGCAACAGCGGUGUCCUAGAUGAGUAUUCUCUGAUAAGUGCUUUGAUUGCGUAUCUUUUCAUUUAUGUUCUGUGAGCUGUUCCUUUAAAAUUAACAAUUUACUCAUGCUUAAAAAUGUAAAUCAAUAUUCAAAUGUACAUGAAAAACUGCUUCAUAAUGAUGUAGAGUUCUUUAUUCAAGAAGCAAUACAUUCAGGUGGAUUUUCCACUGGCCAUACAAUCAUCAUUCCAGUAGAGAUGGAACAUGUGUAUAGGGACCCGAAGGAGAACAUUACAAUGGAAUUUCCUGAGAAGUUUAAUUUUUCCUCUGGGGAAUCCCUCUAUGCCUGGACCUUCCAUUUUUCAAAUUUCCAUUUAAAUCCGAAUCUGGGAACAGGCUGAUGAAAUUAGGUGAAGUAAAUACUUUGGAAAAUGUUCAAGUGCUUAAAUAUAUAGAUCACCUCCUGAGUAACUAUAACACUACCCACAGAAAUCUUAAGCCUUCCUUAGACACUAACCCAACCUCAGCUCCGCCCCCCCCUCCAUUCCCACCCGUAUAGAGCUAACUUUCCCUUUCCCUGUAAGUUCCACAGGAUCCAAAGUGACAUUCCCAACCCCGUAUCCAGCCAGACCCUGAACUGACCCCCUUCAAUGCUCGCUCUCACCACUCACUCCCACUGCCCAUUCCCCUAUACCAGACUGGGCUGGACCCAAACCAGAGCCAACAUGUCCACCCUGGAGCAGACUGGACCCAGCUUUCCCAGGAUUGACUAUCCCCACCCCCCCAGACUAGUUGCUGCCAUCCCCUGUUGCUGGAACCAACCUUCCCUCCCUCAGACACAAUUUUUUCCAUCCACCCUCACGACAUCCCUUACCUAGCCAUUGUAUAUCCAAUGCAAUUUGUACAUUGUACCUUACCAAGCUGGUACACCACCCUGUGGGCAUCCUUCUUAGGUGGCACCCUGGCACUCUAGCCAUCUGGUGCACUACUUAGUUGGAACUCUAUCUUCUAUUCAUCUGCCAUGCUACCCAGCAAGUGUCCUGUUUACUUGCACCUUAUCCACCUGCCACCUAACCAUCCGGUUCCCUCCCUUUCCAGCAUCCUCAUAUGCUUAUUGUUUGACACAAAUUGUUAAAAUGACUGUCAGGACCUUUACAUUUCAAAAUGUGGCAACUUACCACUGUGAAAAGGGAGGGUGAUUUGCUUUCUUCUGACAGUUCUCUGCGACAAAAGAACCAACAGAAUGAAAGUAUGCCUCCAUACUUCUAAGGCUGCCCCGAAAGGAAACCCCUCUCUCAAAGGCAGAGCUCUCUUUCAGAAAAAAAAAGGGCCCAAGUGGCAAUCUGUAUGAGACUGCCAUUCCUCAAACAGCCCAAUAGAGCAGAAGGACCAUCAAUCUCAGUGACAGUCUCAGCAUGUGACUGCUCCUCUUUCGAUGGUGAUGAUGGUGUAUUCACAAUAUCCAAUCCAGCCUCUAGAGACUGGAAUAAAUCCCCCCCUUCACUUACUGCCUCUUCACAAAAAGGAUUUCCAUUGGGUGAAAGGGCCACCAAUCAAUGCAGACCCUUCAAAUGAACCAACAGCUUAAUUCUGUGUCCCUGAGGAUUUACUGUGAGGUGAUGGGACAUCCCCUCCAGAGCGUUCACUCAGAUCUCAGCCUCUGUCACUGGGAGUCUCCCUGUCCUGGAAGUUGUCAGCUUCACCAAGCCUUCAGCAAACUAUCUGAGGUCCUGAUUGGCUAUUGCAGAGCAGCUGGGACAAUCCCCGAGGAAAGGCCAUUUACUGCAGACUGUUGCAGUCUGGGAGAAAGAAAAAGCAGGAACGGGUGUGGGGGAUGGGGGGAAGAUAGAAGAUAGUAAAAUGGGUUUGAAGGAAUAUAACACAAUGGCUGCAGAUAUUGAUCUUGCAAUUUAGUUGUAAUUGUAAUAUCAGAAAUUGUAUGCUCAAAAUAGCCAAUAAAAGUACACUGUGGCUAACAUUC